UCUGAAUCAAAUAUUGAUCAAACCCGUCCAGAGGAAGUUGGUUUGGACACAGCUGUCAGAGAAGAAGUCCUAGGCCCCACACUAGCGGCAGAAGAUGGGGUGAACCCCAUGUAUCCAGAAGAAGGCCUAGGCCCCACACUAGCAGGAGAUGAUGGGGUGGCCCCCACAUAUUCAGAAGAUGGAGUAGAUCCCACACUUGCAGCAGAAGAUGGGGUAGAUCCCACACUUGCAGGAGAAGUUGGAGUAGAUCCCACACUUGCAGGAGAAGAUGGAGUAGAUCCCACACUUGCAGAAGAACAUGGUUCAAGCCAAGGACAUGCGAGGAGAACUGUGAGCACCGCAACCACCAGAAGCACAGCAGGAUCAGAUGCAGAAAAUGACAAAGUAGUGACUAUAAAUCGUGACACUCUGCCAACACCUUCUAUUAUAAUAAUAUCGGCAACACCAUUUGAACGAGAGCUAGAGGAAGACACUGUUGAAAUAGAAGAGACGAUAAUUCCAGAACCAUCUUCAUCCAGUACCGAAAAACGUGUCAGCAAGCAAGUCUCAUUUAAUGAUGCAUCGAUUGAAGAAGUUAUUAUAAUACCACAGAGUCAUUCAACCACCAAAAGGGCAUCUUUAGAUGAAAGUACCCUUGUUCUUGCAGAAAAAAGAAAAAUGGAUGAAGAAACCUGGAAAAUGUCUAUUAAAAAAGCGGAGUCAAUUGAUAUGGUGAUCAAAAGUGCAUCUAAAGUUUUAGAGGAGUUAAGGCAAGCAAAUGAAGCUGAGGUAGCUGCUAAAAUUGAUGCUUUUGAUCCCAGUGCAGACGCCACAACUGUUACUGCUACUGAAAUUUUUGCCGACACCAAAAGGGAUGAAAGGGGUAGCCAUGUUAAACGCCAUCUUGGGGCUACAGCUUACAGAGAAAUAUUCAGAAAAGUAAAGCCUCCAGAAAUAAAGAAAAAAAUACCAGGAGCAGACUGGGCACUCCAACAGAAGUCACAAAAGUAUUUCUCCAAGCCGCCAAUUCUCUACUGGGAGCAAUGGAAGAUCAAUAACUUGAAGAAAAAUUACUUAGGGCCUGGUUCCUAUGAGAUGAAGGACUUUAUUCAGUUGGGAAAUGCCAAGCCACGAAGUGAAAGAGGUAUUUGUGACAAUCUUGGACCUCGUUUUGAUAAAGCAACACAGAGUGUGACACCUGGUCCAGGGACUUACGGCAUUGGUGGGGUUCCCCACAGAGCUCUGGAGGACCGGGCUAACAGGUCGUUCAGUACUAGAGGUAUGCUAGAUGCUGGAGACAGAAAGAGAAAUCUACCAUACCAGGGCUGUGACUUGGCUCCAGGGACUUACGAACAAAAAUCAUUUGUCGAUGAACUCUUGAACAAAGUCACCGGCCUGAGAGGUCCGUACGAUCUGUUUACGGCGAGGAGAAAGGAUCCCGUUAAAACUGGGUUCUAUCCCACACCUAAACGUUCCAAGAUUGGGCCAGGCUAUUACAAAUAUAAGAGUUUUGUGGACGAACUGACCAGCUCCAAGUAUAACCUCAGAGGUCGCUUCAGCAGACAGGCCCAGUACCCAGAGGUUCCCACAGAAAGGUUCCUACUCUUCUCCAAGGCCACACCGUCCCUGGACAAGGAGACCCCUGGCCCUGGAGCUUAUGAUGUGAAGGAGCUGCCCAAAUACACGCCUGUCAACCCGCCAGCCUUCUUGUCAUCUUCAAGCCGAAAUGACAAAAUGUCUGAAAAAAUUUUCAGCAUGACUUGUCAUCCUGUGGGUCCAGGCCGUUACUUUACAGAGAAGUUUGAAGAUCAAUAUGUCAAUGGCCACACCAACGUCUUUAAGUCCAAGACUGGACAGCCAAGCUUAAAAAUGGCCAGAUUUAAUGAAGAAAGGUUAAAAAGCAAACAGAGAAAUGUUGAAGUCAGCUCUUGUUAUCCUGGGAAAACAAACCGCACAAUAACCGGCAUGUGA